AUGAAUAUAUUUAAAUUUAUUUUAAAUCUGUUUAUCUUCACCUCACUAAUUUUAGGGUAGUAAAAAUCUUUAAAUAACUAAUAAUGUGAUUAAUCUUGUAGCAGCUGUUCUCAAGAUUAGAUUUCAGAAUGUUUAUCAUGCAAAGCAAAUUAUUUCUACUUAAACGAGUAAUAUUAAUGCUUAAACAAAUGUCCACAAGGAACUUACUUAGAUUCUAAUUUGAAUUAAUGCCUAUAGUGUGCUAGCUAAUUUUGUAGUUUAUGCUCAAGUACUUAAUGCCUAUAAUGUAGUGACGGUUAUUCUCUAGAUCCAAAUAACUCUCAAAAUUGCAUAUCGAAAUGUGGUUAGGAAGGAUAAAUCUAAGAUGAAUAGGGUUAGUGCGGUUACAGUUGCAAAUAAAGUUAGAUAUAUAACAUUGAAUACUCAUCAUUUAGUUGUUAAAAAAAAAUAUUAUGCCCAUAAACUUAAGUCACUCCUCAAGCUCAAAUCUAAAAUUCUAUUGCUUCUUAUUUAAUAGAUAGUACAAUGACUACUCUUACAUUGAUUGAUAUUUAAGGAAAUGUAGUCCUAUAUAGUUAUCCUUUUCUUUAAGUAGAAAAAUAAUAUACAUUGAAUAUAACUACUUACGAGGUAUUUCCUAUUUUUUUUACUAAAUUGAAAAAUCAUCUUUUAAAAAAAUAAGUAGAACUAAAAAAAAGUUAUUUCUUUUACAAUGAAAUUUUAUUAUUAAAUAUAUGA